AUGUCUGAAACCGCCUUCGCCCAGACGUUCCUCGCGUCGCUUGAGUCGCGGCCCGUUCGCCUCUCAGCCGAUCAUUUCGAAGACCCCAAGACCUUCCCGCCUCGGCCACCUUACAUUAUCCCCCGCAUGUCCAAGGCCAUGAGCAAGCCUAAUGGUGUCGCCCCCGGUUCUGAACGAAGCAUCACUGUCACACUCAAAUCCCUUCGCAACCCUCCUCUGAGCAUCAAGCUUACUUCUCAACCCCUCGAUACCUCGAUCCUGGAUAUCAAGAACAACAUCCAGAAGCAGACCAGGAUACCUGCCGCUAAGACGAAGCUUCUACACAACAAGAAGCCUAUUCCCGACAGCAAGAUUCUCAAGGAAAUUUUGGGAGAGACAGAUACGUCUAUUGAGUUUACGGUCAUGGUUAUUGGUGGAGCUGCUGCUAUUCCACCUAAGGAGCCUGAGGCCGCCCCUGAGGCCCAACCUACAGGCGCACAUGCGUUGGAGACGGAAGAAUUCUGGAGCGACCUCAAGGGCUUCUUGAUGCAGCGUUUAAAGGAUGAAGCUGAGGCGGAGAAUCUUUCAAGCCUCUUCAAGUCAAGUUGGCAAUCGAACCGGGCAAACCCAUAG